ACCAAUCACCGGGCGCUGCUGGCGUCUUACUCACGUUCGUAGUAGUUGUAGUAAAUACUGAGGUCCGCGAGAGCAAUGCUGCCUUAUUGGAAUAAAAUAGUGACAUAAAACUCCGUCCGCGCCUGUACCGUCAUUUCGCCCUUUUGUCUGGCGCGAAGUCCGACUCUCCCGGUCAUCGCGCUCGGCGGGUUUUAUGCGGUAAUUCCAGCUCGGCCUGGUGGCUCUGCGGCCGGGUUGCGUGAGGCGGGCCCGAUCCUGCUCGCCGGUCCGGAUGCGCUUUUAAAGCGCCUUGUCGCCCCUCGCCGGAGUCCCAUUCCUCUGCACCGAGUCGAAGCGCCGUCCGGAGCCACUUUCGACGGAGCGACCGCCCUUGUCGCCCCCCGGCGCUAGCUGUCCGGCCGCUGCGGCGUUGCCGCCCGUACAUAUGUGGACACUUCUCCGUGACGGGGAGGCCUCAUUCUGCCGCGCGGGGAACACCGGUGUGGCCGAUGACGCUCGGCCUGUGGCCGUCAGAGGGGAGCUGAGGAUCCGUGCUGCCUGUACCUAAACCGGUACGAAAAUGACCGACGUGAACAAAGACCUGGUGGAACUUGUGUGGGGAAGGCCGAGCUGCAGCUCCGUGACGGAGACUCCCUUCAGGAGAUGGACGCAAGGGUUUGUCUUCAGCCAGACGGAGCCCAGCGCGCUGGAGCAGUUGGAGGGAGGACCGUGUGCCGUGAUCGCCCCAGUGCAGGCCUUCCUACUGAAGAAUGUCUUGUUUAACUGCGAAGGCUCCAGCUGGCGAGAGAUUUCAGAGGAUGAACAGAAAGCCGCCCUCUGUCACACACUCAGUGAGAUCCUGGAAACCGCCUGUUUCCACAAGUCCGAGUCCUUCUGCCUGGCCGUGUGGUCCAGAGCCAAGACGCUGGAGGAGAACUCGGAAAUCCCAGACGGCCACCCAGCAUCCAGUCAGCCGACGGAGGGCCAGCAACCCUCUGCUCUCGGGGCUGACGAGCUUGGCUUUGAGCGGUUUCACUCCGUCAUUCAGAGGAGGACCCUGAAGACUGUGGAGGAGCUGAAGGAAGCUGUGCUGACCUUCUAUGACAUGUGGAGGAACAAGUUUGGGGUGCUGCUCUUUCUGUACUCCGUCAUACUCACUAAGGGCAUCGAAAACAUAAAGAAUGAAAUUGAAGACACAUUGGAGCCUCUGAUUGACCCGGUCUACGGCCACGGGAGUCAGAGUCUAAUCAACCUGCUCGUUACCGGACACGCCGUGUCCAAUGUGUGGGAUGGAGACAGAGAAUGCUCUGGAAUGAAGCUGCACGGCAUUCAUGAGCAGGCAACUGUGGGCUUCCUCACUCUGAUGGAGUCUCUACGCUACUGCAAGGUCGGUGCCUUUCUGAAGUCUCCCAAGUUCCCUAUUUGGAUUCUUGGCAGUGAGACACACCUCUCUGUGUUUUUCACCAAGGAAAUGGCACUGGUAGCCCCGGAAUCGCCAUCAGAACAAGCCAGGAGGGUUUUCCAGACGUUCGACCCAGAAGAUAAUGGCUUCAUCCCAGACACCCUGCUGGAGGACGUGCUGAAGGCCUUGGACCUCGUCUCUGAGCCAGAGUAUGUGAACCUCAUGAAGAGCAAACUGGACCCUGAGGGACUGGGCAUCGUGUUACUGGGGCCAUUCUUACUGGAGUUCUUCCCCGAUCAGGACACCGGAAUCCCAGACUCCUUUCCAGUGUAUCACUACAACGGGCUUAAGCAGUCGAACCACAAUGAGAAGGUGGCCUAUGUGGAAGGAACCGUACUGGUGUUAGGGUUCGAGGACCCCAUGGUGCGGACGGACGACACACCUAUCAAGCGCUGCCUGCAGACCAAGUGGCCAUACAUCGAGCUGCUCUGGACCACAGACCGAUCCCCGUCGCUGAACUAACUGUGUCCCCCCCCCCCUCCCCCCCGCCGUGUACGGAUGCUGUAGUUUUACCCGGAAGCAAGCAGGCUCUCCUGGCCCUGAGCCGACUGCCUGCCACGACACCCAAGCUGUACCUACACGUCCUUAUCUACUCGAUCACUGUUUCCCAGUCCAGUCCUUGAGAACCCGCAGACAGUCCAGGUUUUUGCUCCCUACCUAGCUAGGGGGAAGCAAAAAUGUGGACUGUCUGACAUGGACCAGCAGUAAGUUCCUAAGGACCUGAAUGGGAAACACUAUACUAGAUUAUUGUCUGACUCUCAACCCUGGCCUCUCUGACCCAGUGUCCUGUCUUCUCUCUCCCCCCCCUCCCCCUUCCUAAAGGGCUCGUUCUGUGUUUAACCUUCAUCCUUCCUACCUUUUUUCCUCUUUUGUGUGGAUAUUUCGGUCGCCUGAUUCGAUCCGUUUACUGCAUUUAGCGCAGAAGCGUUUAUCCUGCUGAAAUGUACCCCGGUGCCCUGCAGCGUUCAGGUCGACUCGCACUACUAACACACUUCCACUGGCCCGGCCGUGGGACCAUGUGACCCGAGCCUCUUGUCGGGCUCGUUGGGCCUGUGAGGAUGAGCACAUGAAUCAGGCGGCUUGUGUGGUUUACAAGCGGCGCUGUGGAGGGGGCGGUAGUGAACUCCCUCGCUUGCCCGGAGUGUGAUGGAGGUGAGCUGCGAGGCGGGGACACCGGCCGUGAAUUCGGGAGUAAAUAUUAAUAAUCAGUUUUCCGUGAUCACUAAAAGCGUUGGUUGUGAUGUUUUUUUUUUUUCCUUUGUCCAUCUAUUUAUUUUCUGCAUGAUGAAUCCGCAUUAUGUCAUGACCCACUGCACCUGCAGUUUAAUUUAUUUUGGUCCUGCUGGCUUUCCCACAAUAAACUUUUUGAGUUUUUUUUUUUCCCCCCUCCCCCAUGAUUUGUUGAGGUGUGUGUGACCCCUACUUUAACUGCAAUCCAGUCACCCAAGCGCGAUGCGCAGUGACGGAGGUGCUCUCUUACCUCUCCCGCACGCUCGGGCUUUCAGGUCUGCCACACGUUCAUACAUAUUCACACAGUGCACAAAGUGAAAACACAUUUGAGCUGGUCCACUUAGUGGUAUAUAGUCACUACUGAAAUGGCAAACUUUUUUUUAAAUGUUUUUCAUGUUUGACAUCUUUAUAGGGACUGAAGAUGGAUUAAUUUCCCCUGUACUCUACUGUUCAUGUGGUUUUUAAUGUACAUUAUCUUAAGGUUUUAUCUGUAGUGUUUGGAGAUUAAUAUCAUCGUAUUGGGGCCAGCAGGGGGGGAAACUCAGAUCAUGUUAUACUGUGUGUCCGUAUGAGGACAUUGCAUCUGUUUUUGUCUCUUGGGUAAAUGUGCCCUGAAUAUUCAUCUGGAAGCUAAUGGAGGCUGUGAAAGGUUUACCCUGCCUGCUGAAGCUGGACCUUUUCACUCACACUUGGUUUUCUUAUGUUCCUCCAGUGAAGAAAAAGAUCUGAACCGCUAAAAUGUAAACGUGAAAUAAGAUGUUGGUUUAAUGUCUCCAUUUUAGGUCUUCUGUGUACAUGAAGGUGAAGUUUUACAGUUUGUGAUUUACCAUUUAGCUCUGGCACUGGCUGUACGAUGACGAUGGCCCUCUGCAGGCAUCUUUCCCAUUAUUCUAGGCUCCUCUGUCAGUGUAAGCAAAACUGGAAUCUUAAUUAGCAAAAUGUAAUGGUCUCUUUCAGAAAGUAUAGUAAUAACGAAAGAUAAAUUGCAGGCACGCAAAGUACAUUAUGUAAUCACUUAAAACAAAGUGUGUUCUUCAAUUAAACGGUACAUUCACAUCCUAGAA